UGAAGGCAUUGCAUGGUCAUUGCAUAGACGAGUAGGCUACGAGCAUGCGACAGCUGUGUAGUGCAGAUUACAUUCCGUAGUAGAUCUGCUGUUAGCUGGUAGGAGCGGUCAAAAGGAAUUUCUGCUCUUGCGAUAACAAAAAAUCAAUUAUUAGACUGUGUUUACCUAAGUCAGUAAGUGCAGUGGCGAGCGAGAUUUCCAGCUUUUCAGGACAAGCGGUAGUUUAUUGGUGAAUAUAGUCCGCAGUCUGCCCGAGAUGUGAGGUUGCCAGAGUAGGAGAGGAAACGCCAUAGCAAAGUAGUUAGUAACUUACUUCACUCUUCAGCCUGUUGGCGGUGGAGGCAAGCAUUUCUCGACGCCUCGCCUCGUGGUGAAGGCCGUUUGAAGCCGCUGCUUGGACUACCAGGAUCUCUCCUUGUUUAUCGGAUGUCCCUUCCCUGAUCGCUAGACCAGAAGCUGCUCGUGCGCAUGGGAAAGAAGAAUGAGUCGCACGCGGGAGUUCAACUUGCCUCGCUUGCCGAACACAAGCCAUCGUAUUGUUGCGUCGGUGUCAACGUUGCAAGCGGUGACCCGUGAGCAGAAUGAGUUCAAGUCGUUCCUCGGCACACGUCGGCAAGACAUCACGUCUGCAGUGCUCCGUGAUCCGAUUAUGUUUGACGAUGUCUUCUGCAAGCAGGGGCGCUUGGAAGAACAGAAUGCGCCGAAAGCAGACUUGCCGCUGACGUGUCGCCCAUACAAUAGUCUUCAUGAUAAGCAUCUCCGGCGGAUGUUUGUACGUGAUCCAAAGCUGCGGAAGCAUCUCGUCAACCAAGGACUGAUCACGGAAGACAUGCGAGUCUGCAGCUCAGAAAAAGAGGUACGUGAAAAGAUACGUUCCCAUGAGAUGCUGGAAAGAAAGGAGCUCCUAAAGCAGCAACUGGAGGAGCGCGAGAAGGGACGACUUGUUCGAUUGCAGGAGGUCACUAAGCACAUGGCAUUUGAUCCACUUCUACAGGCACAAUCCCGGCCGCCUUCCCGCCUGCCGCCUGUUCUCGACUGGAGUCAGCGUCAAGAGAGAAAACGGCAAGCAAUGAAGGUGGCAACCCAGACGAAGAAGACAGAGUCAAAGCGGAAGAAGGAGGAGGAGAAGGCGGAGAAGAGCAAGAAUGAGAAGCAACUGCAGCACCAGCGCUGGCUGAAGCAUCUCGAGGAGGAAGAGUUGGAGAGGGAGCGUCGGCGACAUGCGGAAAUGCUGCGGCAGCAAGAGCUGCGCAGCGCUCACUACGACCGCAAGUUUGCAAACUUACCACGUGGCCAGCAACUAGCUGAGUGGCACAAGGUGGCGGAUCUUCUCCAGUCACGGAUGAUAUUCAUGCAGCAUCAAGUGUGGCCACCAGACCAUCAUUAUCAACAUAGUACAGGUGCUGGUGGUGCUGCUGCCGGUGCUAGUCGUCAUGCUGGUGCGAGUCACUCACGUAGACACAGUGCCAUGGGGGAUCAAGCUCCUCGCCAUGGCGGAAGCCAGACUGUCGAUGCUUUGAACAUGGAUUCAUUGAAGCGUCACUUGCUUGCCAUGGACACUGGCGUUGGGGAGGAUCACUCCAGCCUCGCCCUGGCCACCUCGGAAUACGCAUCACAGAUAUCACUGAGUGGAGAAGCAGGCAAGCCAGUGGAUGACACUCGGCAGCAGCAGUCUGCCGAUCAUGCACACCGCGGCGGCGAGAGCACACCAACCACGUCGAAGGCGUCCGUUUCGUCCAAGAAAAGCGCCAAGAGCCCGGCAAGCGGUUCGCCAAAGGCAGGUGCAACGCCGGAGAAAACAUCCCCUAAGGACGACGUGGUGCAGACAUCCGAUAGCGGGGACCAGAAGGAGGGUGCUGGCGAUUCGUCAACCGAUGCACCGGAUGAAGGUGGUAGCUUGGAGCUUGGUCCGCCGCCAGCACCGCAAGAUGAACUGGAGAUGCACAUCCUGACUGCCUUACAAAGCGUGGACAAUGAUAGCAGCGGGUUCAUAACAACCGAGGACGUUUUGAACGCCCUACAAUUUCACAGCGAGAUUCUGGAGUUCCACGAAGGCCAUCUUGAAGCAUUACAACAGCUGUGUCAAGAACUAGUGGAAACACACCACAUGGCUGUCCAUGGUCCUGAAGGCUGCCUGUCCUAUCAACACGCACUGCCGGAAAUCACCGACUUGAUACGACAAGCCAGUGCGGAUGUCGUAGCUGAGCUUUACCCGAGUGGAAACGUGUACGUAUGGUCACAGCUGCCCGAUGCCCUAGCCCGCCACACGCUCUGGUUCAAUAGAGAGACCAGUGAGCUAGCACUGGAGAGACCUGCGGAUGAUGUACCCAUUGUGCGGGAUGAGUUCUUCGAGGAGACCAUGGUGAAUAUGUUCAUAGAGUAUGACCUGAACCAGGAUAACCUACUGGACAGGAAUGAGUUUCUCAAGUUACUGCAGUCACCCGGUGUGGGUAGUCGUCUGACUGUCGAGCAGGUGGAGGAGCUAUGGAUGCUUUUCACCGAGUCUCCGCUGAACAGUCUGGACUUUGAUCACUUUGUGCCGUUUGCCAGACUGCUCAUACUGCGUAUCUAUGGCAACCAGUAUACCGAGGAGGAGCAGGAGUGGAUCGAGCUGUCGUGUCCGAUCUGCCCACGCUUCUGGUACAGUAAAGUCACUGGCCAGACCAUACUGCUACCGCCGGACAUCCUCUGGGACUAUCCGCUGGAAGAAGACGAAGCAAACGCUUACGAACAGACAAGUUUACCCACCAAAGUUGGCACACUGCGUCGUGAGGACAGCGCCUAUGGACAUCUUGUGGGGGAUCCGUCCACGCUGACAGACCGAAAGAUACUGCGACCGGUACCACCACCUCCAGCACAAUCACGAUUUGCGCAGACGCCACCGGCCGGCCUGGCCGCCAUCAGUGAAGAAGCCGCCAGUAUUCCCAGCCGUCCUGGAUCGUCGGCUGCCUAGCACACUGUCCGCUGUGGAGAGUCCUGGAUCAAUGGCGGCCUAGCCUUGGCUACAGUGUCUGUGGAGAGUCCUGGACUAUCAGUAGCCUAGCCUAGGAUAUCGUGUCUGUGGAGAGUCCUGGAUCAAUGGCGGCCUAGCCUAGGCUAUCGUGUCUGUGGAGAGUCCUGGAUCAAUGGCGGCCUAGCCUAGGCUAUAGUGUCUGUGGAGAGUCUUGGACUCAGUAGCAUAGCCUUGGCUACAGUAGCUGUGGAGAGUCCGGGAUCAAUGGCGGCCUAGCCUAGGCUAUAGUGUCUGUGGAGAGUCCUGGACUAUCAGUAGCCUAGCACCGUGACACUAGUCAUUGAGAGCCGGUGCGCUUGUGCACCGUGUCCAGUCAAGUGAGGGAAGGCAUAAAAACUGAACGUGAUCAUUUCAUUUUCAUUUUUAUUUGAUUGAUUUUCCAAUGGCGAAUAGAUGCCCAUCAUGGGAAUCUCAAGGCCUGGGACAAGGGUGAAAAUGCAUGUAUGUAAAAAAUGGAUAUGUUGAAAGAGUCAUGUAGUGCUAAAGAUCUGCAGGGAUGACAUUGAAGCUGACUUUGUCCUUGAUUCUUCCAAACUAUGAAUGCUACGAGUAUCAUUGUUCAUUUUCAAACUGCUGCUACUCAUGUAUACAACGCUACCGGGUCUGCAAAGCUGAACUCUCAAUUCUCUCAGGCGAGCUUUUCUGCGCCCUGUGCGUCAGAAAAUUGUUGAGAAAUGCAGGUUGCAUAGAGUUCUGCAUUUUUAGUAUUUUAAUAUUAAAAAUAAUACUGAGUUGCCAUGAAGACUUGAUUUUAGUUUUUAGUAAUUUACUUUAGAAUUCCCUACAGCAGUCUGCAGUGUAUGCAAGGCAAUGAGUGGAAUUCCAUGCUAUGCCCGCGUCGGGUCCUAUCAAAUUCUACAUAUUAUUAUUAUCAUUUCUCGCAGCACGCACUAGUUUCGAUUGGACAAUGUCUGCCGCAUUAUUGCUUCCCCUGUUCUAGGACAUCAAGAAAUACCAAGACUUCGAAUCAUGGAGGCUUGUGUUGGACGGA